UAUCCGCGCCAUCUCUGCCGCGUCUCUCUACAAAACCAGUGACGUCAUCACACACACCCAACACCUAUAUUCAGGAAAAGACGGGAAAUAAUUGGUCUCACAAGAGAUGUUUGUCCGUGCGCCACGGUUCGAUGCUGUCCGCAUGCUCCGGUUGCGCUGCUCUGGUGCCGCUGCUCCGGUACCGCUGUGGCCAGUCAUAGCACGACCAAACUCGACCCGCUCCGCUUCGUACACGCUCUCGUUGCUGUCCUUCCCAGUCGGUUCCUCGCUUUCUCCCGCGUGGCACUUAGGGUUCUUGGUCUGAAAAUUCUCGCGCCGAAGGAUCAACCAGCCCAAUCAGCUCGUCACCACCUGUCCCCUCCUCCUUUGAUGGCAAAACCAGGUUACUGAGACAGUACAGCUCCCUCUAGCAAACCUAGGGCCGUGUACAUAGUGCCCGUUCACCUUUCUGAUGACGUCUGCCUCCGCUCACAAAGAUGAGAUGGGCAUUGCUGCCUACACCGACGGCCUGGAGGCCCGCGCAUCUGCACCUUUGUACCUGACGCACCAGUGCCGGCCCAACACCCCCACUACGCACGCCUCGCGGCGGGUGCGCCGCAGCAAGAAGGUAUCAGUCCCUUGAGGGUGAGUCUAGCCCUGCUCGCUAGAAAGACCCCCCCUCUCGCUAUGGGUCAUGCCUACGCAAAACCUUCCCGAGGCAGCGAGGGGAAGAAGGGGAAAGACUAGAACGUGUACUACUACCCAGUUAUAUAUGGCGUUCGUCGAUUCUGAGUCGAGCCCUCCACACUUUUCCUCGAACGCGUAGGCCAUCACACCCGACGGCAAAUCGCCGCAGCAACUGCGAUACGCGUUCAUCCAGAAGGGUUCCACCAAGCGUUUCAGCGAUAUGAAGGGAGCCAUCCAGCGCGUACAAGGUAUCUGGUGUGACCCCUAGCCGGUGAGGCUGGUGCACCAUUCAUACUCGGUAGGGACGAGGAGACAUACAAGCACAUGUACCACGUCAUGGCACAGGAGCCGCGCGAGCACCGACAAGUCCGUCGCUACCCCGGCGAUUGGCAUUUGCUGCUGCACAUGGCCAAGGCGAUGCUUAGGCGGUACUGGGGUGCUGGCGUGGAGUUUGUGGCGAAGGAUUUGGGGAAAGACGGGUCGAAGUCGGGGGAGGGGAGCAACUACCGUCGGGCACACCACCACAUAACGGCGUUUUGGGCGGCGUUUAUGGCUCUGUGUUGACAGGAAUACUUGAAGAGUUUGCCGACGCCAGGUGACAGACCGGUGGAAGGGGACAAGGUGGUCGGCGGGGUGGUUCGGUGGGUAGUGGCACGGGCGGACUCUCACAAGACUUUCGCUGUGUGGAAGCAGUUCUUCCCCCACGACUACCCUGCGUACAUCGCCUUCCGAAUUGCGCUGCGUACGGGGAACUUCAGGCUGAGGCUUGAAGGCCUUCGCCGUAUCGCCCCCAUUUUUUUCAUCACCGGCAAAGACAAGUACCAGUUCCUCGUGGUAGAUCAUCUGACGGAGGUGUCGCGUUAUUCGCGCAAUGAUAUGAAGGUCGUAUCCGAGCUAUUCUCCGUCUCACUCGGCCCUGACACGUUUGCACGAACCGGCUUGGACGCAGGAGGUGUCCAAUCGUCUCUACAAGGCAUUGACGAAAAGGAUCCUUUGGAGCACGAUAGAAAAGCUGGCACCGAUUGCCCAGCUGCGUGAAGUCGCCAUCUUCGACUUCGAAUUGCAUUUCAUCAAGAAAGCACGCACGGAAAGGGACCGUUGCAGAGAGUUGGCGGUGGAACGUGCACCAGCAGUUAGGGCGGCGAUGGACUGCUUGAGAGAGAGCCCGGCAUUUGAAGGCGAAGAUGGCAAAGACAAGGUCGUGGCGUUGGACGGGAGAGGGUUCCCGCCGGUCGAGUAGCAAGAGAUUCUCGACUCGCGCGCUAAGGCUCGUGCGAAAAUGCGCGAGUUGUCCUGUACGACGUCUUCAAGAAGAAAAAACUCAACGACGCGAAUUUCAAGGGCGCGACCAAGAAGAAGGUUUUCUCCAUCCCGGCUAGGAACAGCAUCAACAAGGCUACGACGAGUCAAGGGAGGUCGUCUGCACUCAAGGAUUCCGUCGGUAAUACCUACGCUGGGGGGCAAGAGUGGAAGGCCCUCACGAUGAACAUGUUCGAUGCGGCCAGAGAAGGUGGGGGUGUGGUGACGCAAGACCAGAUGCUGGAAAUGGCGGCGUCCAUAGGAGCGGCCACGCCGUACAGCAUGGCCAACGCGACGGGAGGAGCCAAGCACCCCCACAAGGCGGCAGGUCCAGGGAAAUGGGUCAGAGAGCAUUGUGCCGACGGGUUCGCAGGCGACCCGUCUUACGACGCUGACGCUCAUGGCAAGGAACGUCCCGUGUCAAUCCACCAAGGGGUGCACCCGGAAUACUUCGAGAAGGGAACUGCGGGAAUAAUGACUAUUCAAGAGGCAGCUGUUGUCGAAGUGGCUGCAAUCAACCGAGCUACUCCUGGUGUGCUACGACCGACAGGAACUGGUGCCGGUAAUCAAAGGACAAGAGCAGCUUGGGAGGACCGAGAAACUUGUUGAGUGCUCUCGGACCUUUGACCCGAAGUCAACGGACACUGUUCCUUCGUAACAGUAUGGACCAUGGCUUCGAGCCGAUGGCAAGGCGGCGCGGGACGGAAUCGCCGCCUACCUCGCCAUGCGCGUGCUAGCUGAUGAAGUCUGGACCGGCGACACCAAGCUGAACGGAAUCGUCGCAUUCCAUGGCGGCGGAGGUGAGCCUGGUCUGAGUGCUGAUCAUCCAGCUGGUGUAGAUGCGGAGGGCGUAGGCCUUGAGAUGGGAGGGGUAGGUGCCACGGAGGUGCUUUCCGGAACCGAACCACUCCUUCACUUUCGAAAAGGAAUGACCAUACCCCUGGCGUCGAGCGGCAGCGAGGGCCAGACAUCGGCGAGGCGGAGCUCUCCCUCUCCGUGAUACACUUCAUCGUUUGGGCGAUGAAGUACUGGGGGAAAAGCUUCGACAUGUGGAUCGUUUCAUCGGUAGACACGGACCUAUGGAUGAUCAUUCUACUGGAGAUGAUCACUGGUUGGCUUCGGCCUCGUGGCGAGGGGGCGGUUGACGUGACCGUCUAGAAGGUCGUGGGUGGCGAGACCAAGUUCCUGUGGAUGAACAGAGUAUUCGCCAGCAUCUGCGAACUCCAGGACGGAAGCGAGUCCGCGUGGCCGCCAUUGACCUUCAGGGGCUGGAUUCCCACGGACAACGACAAGGUCCGUCUGUUCGUCCAAACCUUCCUGGAGGCGGGCUGUGACUACCUCCCGGCAAUUUCCGGGCUGCCGUUCGACAAGAUGUGGGUAAUGGCCCUCAAGAGCGUGCGGACGGAGGGUUUGUUUGACAAGCCGCUGUUCUUCGAGGAGCAGGAUGGCACGUGGGCCGUGCAUGCCGACGAAUGCGCGAAGCUUUUGGCGACCAUGUUCUUCUACAAGGAUGAAGCGGCGUUUGGCGCUGCUCAUUUGACUCCAGCCCAGCUGGUCGAAAGCGUUGACCGCGACGUCGAGGGCUACGUGGACGUGAUCCGCUAGGCCAUCCUCUUACUCCCCAAGAAAGCGACAACCACCUGUCAAUAUUUUUUUUCCUUGCGCAAGCAGGCAGAACGAGGUAACGCCAUCUUCCGGUACUGGCAGAAUGGCCUGAGGGAGACCAUGCCGGCGACAGAGUUUGCCGGCAAGGGAUGGAGCGUCGACCCACGAGGAGAGGGGAGCGACGGCGACGAACUCACGAAGGAGAACUGCGUGCUUGACCUGUCCGAGUAUGCUUACAUCGCCCCUGACCGAAAGAUAGUCACGCUUGCGUGUGGUUGCAAUCCGGACACGGCCCUGUGCAACAGGUGCAGGUGCAAGAACAAGAAGUGCUCGCUCGCUUGCGGCUCCAGAAAUCGUUGCACCCUACGGCGGGCGGCGCCGGCACCCAUGCGUGAAGGGGGGAGGUCUGCGUCACGGCCUACGGUGGGUGCUUCUCAAACUAGGCGGGUAGAGAGUACCUCCCAACCCCAACCACCCAUCGAGAGUCGACCACGGCCAUCCUUCAGUGUUGCCAAUGCCAUCCACUCUUUGCCGCCUCUAUGAGGCAGCAGGUAUCGCAUGGAGCGGAACAGAACGACGUGGAGGCGGGGACCCCCGAGUCGCCUGCGAGCAAGGACGUUUCCACCGGCGAGGCCGCGGAAUCUAAGAGCGCAGAGUUAGACGACCCCGAGUCGGACGAGAACGGCGACGGUUCGGUCGGUGCACUUGACGAUUUGAUCAAGUUGGAUUCGAGCGAAUCUGGCUCUAGCGAUGGGGAACCUGAAGGGGUGAGCGAGAAGAGCGUCAAUUCCAACUGGAGUGGCGGAGACACAGAUGAUGGUGUUGCGGAUCUUGUAACCGACGCCUGGAACUGAGAUCUGGCUACUUCUUCAGGCAGGUCCGUCCGUGCUUCACUUCCGUUGGAUGCAUCCGUCCACGAAAUACGACGACCCCGGGGUACGAAAUAUCAGACGGAC